CAAAUAAGCAAAGUGGUAGCAGUAAGAUGCAGUGUGAUACUGAAAGGAUAACAUUGAUGCUACAACCUAAUGCAUGAGAAGGGUUCUCAAAUUCAUGUCCAAAUAACUAACUUGUUGGUUUUCCCUGCAAACUUGACAUCUUCAUUGAAGUUUCCGAACUAACCUUAAAAAAAAACACACUUGUCUCUUCACUGUCUUUGUCUCCAUCAUGCUCCCCGCCAUUUCUCUCCCAACCAACAUAACUGUCAAAACGAACAUAACCGCCACCUCCACACCCAGAACCACAAAUAUCCACAAACACAAAACAUCACCAUUCAAUUCGACCCUAAAAUCUCUCUGCAAAUGGGGCAAUUUGGACGAAGCUCUUCGCCUAAUCCAAUCACCGAAGCCCACACCCAUUGAAGAAGAAGAAGACUUCUCUCUCUUUCUCCAUGCCUGCAUCUCCCGAAGGUCCUUGGAACAUGGCCGAAAGCUCCACUUGCACUUGCUUCGUUCUCAAAACCGAGUCUUGGAGAACCCCAAGUUGAAGAGCAAGCUCAUCACAUUGUACUCUGUUUGUGGCAGAGUCAACGAGGCUCGUCGUGUGUUCCAACGCGAAAUUGGCGAUGAGAACACUCCAGAAUUGGUGUGGGUAGCUAUGGCUAUUGGGUAUUCGAGAAACGGGUUUUCCAGUGAAGCUUUGCUUCUUUACUGUGACAUGUUGUCACGGUGUGUGAAGCCAGGGAAUUUCGCGUUUUCCGUGGCCCUCAAGGCGUGUUCCGAUUCGGCUAAUGCGCUGGUUGGGAGAGCAAUCCAUGCCCAGAUUUUUAAGCAUGACGAAGAAACUGAUCAAGUUGUGAACAAUGCGCUUUUGGGGUUCUAUGUGGAGUGUGGGUGUUUUGAUGAGGUCUUGAAGGUGUUUGAGUUAAUGCCUCAACGAAAUGUGGUGUCUUGGAACACUUUGAUUGCGGGUUUCGCUGGUCAAGGUAGAGUGUUUGAGACGCUUGGUGCUUUUAGAGUUAUGCAGGGAGAGGGAAUGGGGUUCAGUUGGAUUACACUUACAACUGUGUUGCCGGUUUGUGCACAGUUUACUGCACUUCAGAGUGGCAAGGAGAUACACGGGCAGAUUUUGAAGUCUAGGAAGAAUGCUGAUGUGCCUUUGCUCAACUCAUUGAUGGAUAUGUAUGCUAAAUGUGGAGUAAUUGGUUAUUGUGAAAAAGUGUUUGAAAGAAUGCACAGCAAGGAUUUGACAUCAUGGAAUACAAUGCUGGCUGGGUAUUCAAUCAAUGGUCAAAUAAAUGAAGGGUUGGCUUUGUUUGAUGAAAUGAUGAGGUCUGGCAUUGAAUCAGAUGGCAUCACCUUUGUUUCCUUGCUGUCGGGUUGUAGCCAUUCGGGACUUACCAGUAAGGGAAAAAGAUUGUUUAGUGUGAUGCAGGAUUAUGGGGUGCAACCAUCUUUAGAGCACUAUGCAUGUUUGGUGGACAUAUUAGGUAGGUCAGGGAAACUUGAUGAGGCAUUAACCGUGGCAGAGAACAUUCCAAUGAAACCCAGUGGCAGCAUUUGGGGAUCGUUGCUUAACUCGUGCCGGCUUUAUGGAAAUGUUCCUCUAGCUGAAAUGGUUGCAGGGCGGUUGUUUGAGAUUGAACCUAACAAUCCAGGGAAUUAUGUGAUGCUUUCAAACAUAUAUGCAAAUGCAGGGAUGUGGGAAGAUGUGAAGAGAGUUAGGGAAAUGAUGACCAUGAUGGGAAUCAAGAAAGAUGCUGGGUGUAGUUGGAUACAAAUAAAGCGCAAGAUUCAUACAUUUGUUGCUGGAGGGAGCUCAGAUUUUCGUUGUUCCCCCGAGUAUAUCAAAAUUUGGAACCAGUUGUCAAAUGCUGUUAAUGACUUGGGAUAUACCCCUAACACGGGUGUUGUUCUCCAUGAUAUAAAUGAAGAGAUGAAGGCAAUAUGGGUUUGUGAGCACAGUGAACGGCUUGCAGCUGUAUUUGCUCUCAUCCACACUGGUGCUGGAAUGCCAAUUAGGAUUACCAAGAAUCUCCGGGUUUGUGUUGAUUGUCAUUCCUGGAUGAAGGCUGUUUCAAAAGUCACGAAGAGACUAGUUGUAUUAAGAGAUACAAACCGGUUUCACCAUUUUGAAAAUGGAAAUUGUUCUUGUAAGGACUACUGGUGAAUGGCGAACACCACAAUGUAUAUUAUCAUAUUGUAUCAGCAAUUUGGUGUUCUGAAAGUUUCUAAGAUUAGUCAUCCACAGUUUGGUGUUCUGAAAACUUCUGCAUGAACUCGAGCUGUAGGCACAGCAAGCAAUUCUCAAUACCCGUCAGCAGCCCAUCGGCCAUAAUCACUCAAUACCCAUGGCCAACUUGAGUUUUGUUGGAAAUACAUGUAAUCAAUUUAAUUUAGAAUUUUGUAAAUUUGGAUAGUUAUAGAUUAUCAAUCAGAAUGGGAAAAUGACCAGUCGUUCUGUAACAAAUUGUAACCACCUGCAAAAUAUGUCCCAGGGGCUUUAUCAUGAUCUCUCGGUUAAGGAAGGCAAAAAAAUAUAAUGAACUGGGGCAGAGACUA